UCUGCAGUCACUAUUCUCAUCCGCUUCACUGGGACGCAAUGGCUUCCAAGGCCAUGUGGGAGGUUGACCCCGAGACUCGGUCCAAGUUGGCUGCUCUGCAAAAGGAGUCCAAGAACAAUGUCUGCUGCGACUGCAAUGCCCCGUCGCCACAGUGGGCAUCGCCAAAGUUUGGCAUCUUCAUCUGUCUGAGCUGCGCCGGAGUCCACCGCGGGCUCGGCGUGCACAUCUCCUUUGUCCGAAGCAUAUCCAUGGACGCCUUCAAGGCCAACGAGAUUGAGCGCAUGCGGCUGGGCGGCAACGAGGGCUGGAGGAAGUUCUUUGAGGAGCACGAGGAUACGCAGAUGAGGGGCCUCACCUGGGACGACGCCACGAUUGCAGAGCGAUACAGCGGCGAGGUUGGCGAGGAGUGGAAGGAGAGGUUAACGUGCAAGGUGGAAGAGCGAGAAUACGUCCCCGGAGAGAAGAAGCCCGCUGCCGCGCAGGCAUCCCCGGCGGCCGCAAAGUCGGGGGCGCGCACGAGCACACCCCUCGGUGGAACCGCGAACCGAAGCCAGAGUCCCUCGCAGGGCGGAAAGGUCAAGGUGGACGACAGGUACUUUGCCAAGCUGGGAGCCGACAAUGCCUCACGGCCUGAGGAUCUGCCGCCGAGCCAAGGUGGGAAAUAUGCUGGCUUUGGAAACAUGCCGACCACGAACUCGUCGAGCCAGGGAGGAAUGCCCAUCUUUGACGAUUUACAAAAGGACCCCAUGGGUGCCAUUACCAAGGGAUUUGGCUGGUUUGCGUCUACUGUGACGAAGACGGCCAAGACGGUGAAUGACGGCUACAUUCAACCCACUGCGAAGAGCAUUGCUGAGGGUGACUUUGCCAAGCAGGCCCAGCAAACGGCCGCACAGCUCGCCAAGCAGGCUCAGCUUGCGGGCAAAAACGCACAAGAUGGCUUCAACAGAUUUGUCGAGGGUCCCGACGCUACCAAAAGAAAUGCACCCCUGGACGCCAGCCGUAAAGACUUUUGGGACGACUUUUCCAGCCUUGCAGACCAAAACAAGCAGAACAAUGCUAUCGGCACAAGUGCUAUUGGCAUGGGCAAGAAGUCGUCGGCUCCUGGAGCCUCGGCGCCGAAGCCCAAGGCUGGCGAUGAGUGGGAUGAUUGGUAAACAAACAACUGGGAAUAAACUUUCAAAUGUUUGCUUUUGCUGGCGUUGGAGUACCUGUGGACUGAAGAGAUACACUUGACGAAAUACGAGCGCUUGGAAUAAAUUGACAAGAUGGUAGCCUUUGACCAGAGAUACGACAUGGCCACCAUAUACCACCACUUAUGAUGACUGAUUGACUGACUGACUGACUGACCUCGGCGGACGAAAAUCUACGGCAUUUUUGACUGACGAAAUGGGCCUGGGUCAAGUAUGCAGUCACGCACGUACGGAGUUCGCCGCUGGGGAAGGUCUUUAUCCUACUAUUCGGACUGCAAUGUUAGAGCAUUGCUGGGGAGGCAAUAUUAUUAGAGGGUGAAUAUUCAUGUAUAUACGAAUCGCAUCUAAAUAUCAAUUUCUAAUUCUU